AUAUAAAGUUUGUUUUCAAUGAAUUUCUAAACUUUAAUAUAAUAUAUAUUUAAUUGAAAUCAAUAUCUCGUGUCUUAAGUAAUAAUAACAAUGAGUGGUGAUAGUGAUGAUCCCCGACAACUGAUCCCACAGUUGUGUCGACAGUUUUACGAUUUGGGUUGGGUAUCGGGAACGGGUGGCGGUAUGUCUAUACGUAAAGGUGACCACAUAUAUAUAGCACCGUCGGGGGUACAGAAAGAGCGCAUCCAAAGUGAUGAGCUGUUUGUGAUAGACAUGAAUGAAGAAGUGUUGGAAAGACCAGAUGGUGGCAAAAAUCUUCGACAAUCUGAAUGUCAGCCUCUUUUUAUGGCCGCUUAUAGGCUGAGAGGUGCCGGUGCUGUGGUUCACUCUCAUUCAUUGAAUGCCGUGUUGGCCACUCUGGUAACAGAUGGCAAUGAGUUUCGUAUAACACAUCAGGAGAUGAUUAAAGGCAUCAAAAAGGGAUCAACUAAUGAAAGUCAUCGCUUUGAUGAUACACUUGUGGUGCCAAUCAUUGAGAACACGCCGUUUGAAAAGGAUUUGACGGAUCAGAUGGUUGUGGCCAUCAAUAGCUAUCCAAAUACUAAUGCAGUUCUGGUCAGACGUCACGGCCUUUACGUUUGGGGUCUGAACUGGAAGUCCGCUAAAACUAUGGCUGAAUGUUAUGACUAUCUGUUCAAAGUUGCCGUUCAAAUGAAAUCAUUAGGUUUAGACCCAAACAAACAUUAGAUCCAUUGAUUGACCCAAAAAUAUAUAACAAAAUUUAAUUAUAAUUUAAUUAAUUGUUUUGCUCUCGUUUUUAAACCCUUUUUUAAAUUAGUUUUUAUAACUUUUUAUAUUGAUAUAUGAGUAUAA